ACGGUGAGAACAAAAUCUAUAACAUUCACCAUGGACGACUCCUCUUCAGGCGACGAGUUCGUGUUUGACUGACAUAGGCUCUUAUGAUCCUACGACGCCGAGACCAGCUAAGAAGCCAGCUUCACGAAGUACACGAUCAAAUAAUGCUAUCGCAGGACCAUCCUCUAAGCCUGCACCGAAACGAGGUGUGAAGAAGGGAAAACAAGCUGCAGAAGGCAAUGUUCCUCAUGAUGUUGUUGACUUGAUGUCGGACGAUGAAGAGGCACAAUCCGUGCCUCCAACAAAGAAGCCAAAAUCAACGCAAGGCCGAGGUGCUGCUGCCCCGGUGACAAAGCCCACUUCGAAAACGAAGGGCAAGGCGAAAGUAGAUGCGCAACCUCUAGAGGUCGAAGAGCCUAUGACCAUAGACGAAGUUGAGGUCAUUCAGUCAGAGCAGCUUCCACAAAGGGCAACGCGGACAAGUAAACCUCAAGGAAAGGCCACAAGUGCAACUACGAAACCUUCAUCGCCACCGGCUGUGGCUGUCGGGGAGAUUGACCGACUUCGUAGAGAGGCUGAACGAGUGAGAAAGCAACUCGCUGAUGCUCAUGAACGGGAGCAAAAGCUCGUCGGUCAACUUGAAGAAGUAUUCCGGAUAAGGAAUACCGAUGCGGAGGAGGCAUUAGCGCAAGAGCGAGAGGUGUUCGAUGCGAAGAUAACUGCGCAGGAACUCUUAUUGGCGGAACAGGCUAAGCUGAUUACAGCCUCGAAUUCAGGCAUGCUUCAUUUCCUAAGCCGAGAAGACGCGGAUAAAGAGAAGAAAGAGGUGGAAGAUAAUGUCCUCCAUUGGAAACAAGUGGCUGCCCAAAAGGACGAAGAAAUUGUGGCGCAGACACAGCAAAUUCAACAGCUUGAGACCGAAUUGAAGGCUGAAAUUGAACGAGCCAAGACAUUGGCUGCGCGUAAUCCACUCCCUUCUGCAAGUCGCAACAAUGGUACAGCAAAGGUAGACGGCUCUGGCGCCACUGCAGUGAUUUGUCUCUAUGAGACGAUGACGAAUGUACUGGUUCUCAACACCACAAUCAAACCGAGCGAGUUCCAUGGAAAGGAGGAACAUGAGUUUGAUUGUAUAUAUUCGGUGUCAAACCCAUCUGACGACUUGCUGCAAGCGCUCCACUUCACUCUGCGAGAUAUGUGGCAACCCCUCGAUGAUUCCGAUGAAUUGAUUCGGAAGAUCGAGUAUCAACCCAAAGAUCUUGACAAGGAACUCCCAGAGCUCGUAGACAAGCUAGAUUUCUUCAGGGAUCCCUUUAUUUUUGCCCAUGAUCAACUUCAUGUCUUCCUAAGGACGCUUUCAGAACGAUUCCAGCCUGUAGCUUCACAAGACGAAGAGCAGGAAGAGGAGGAUGAACUAGCAGAGUCAUGAAGUCGUAUGCUGCGAUGCGUGUAUAUCUAUCUCUAUGAUGAAAUCUUAUGGUAUCUUGGUCUGUAAUACAAUACAUCUCUAUGCUUCAUUUUUCUCCCGUC